AUGUCCAUUAAAAUGAAUCCAGAGGUACAAAAUGAAAUUGAAGCAGGUUUAUAAGAAGUUUACCAAUAGUUGGAAAUCUCCUACAAUCGAAUUAACGAUUUUAUUGGGAACGUUUUUGUCCCAAUAAAUUGCAUUUGCAGCACCAAUUUACCAUCUCCAAGUUUUAAUCAAAGUUUGAAUUUGUGUGUUCAAUAAAUUCCCUCGAGUACAAUCAAUUUGGAAAAUCAGUUGCUUUUGAAAAUAUCUCCAUUAGUAAAGGUUAUGGUUUCAAAAUAAGUCUAAAAAGUUGAAUAAACUUUGAACAAAACCUAAGUUAAGCUGACUCAAGAACUAUAGUAGAAAAUAAUUAAUUUCCAAGAAACAUAAUUAAAAUAUGAGGAGAUUAUUAAAAUAAAGGAUUAAGAGAUUGGACAAAUCAAAAAUUAGAUAAAGGAGUAGUAAAAAAUAGAGAUUCAGAUGAAUAAAAAUUCAAAAGAUGUAGAAUUUCUAAAAAAUCACCCAAGAGAUGUUUUGAAAAUUAAUUAAGGGGAUCAAUAGUUGAUAAAUGAUUUCAAGAUAAAGGAUUAAGAAUAAACAAAAUUAAUUUUAGAUCUAAGGAAUAAAAAUGAAAGACUAAUGAUUGAAUUGAAAGAAGUUGAGUAAUAAAAGGUUGAGUCUGAAAUUAAGUUAAGACAGAAACAAGAAGAACUAGAAAAGUGCUAAGAAUCGAAUGAGAAGAACGAGGAAAUAUUGAAAUAGUUAUAAUAAUAAAGUAUAGUGUAGGAAUGGUAAUUUUCACAAUCAUUGACAUUUUCAAAAACUUAUAAACAUAACAAUCUUUAGGUAACUUAAAAUGCAAAGGUUAUUGAAAAUGCUUAAGUUGGUUGGUGCUGCGCUAUAUGUGAUUAAAUGAUACCUAAGAAUGGAAUCAUCUAUUUUGCAAUUAAAAUAAUUGAAAAAGGAAGAAUAAUGAUAGGAAUUGGCUUUAGAGAUAUUGUGUAGAGCAAGGAGUAUUAUGAUUGUUAUUCUAUUGGAGGAGGAACAUACAAUAUAUGGGAUGAGGGGUAUUGUUAUAAUCACGAUUAACAAGAUAAAACUGAAGAGGUAGCAUUUUCAUACUCAAUAAAUGAUAUUAUAAUAGUGGAAGUGGAUAUAAACAAUAAAUAUAUAACGUGGAAAAAGUCAUCUACAAAUUAAUCGUUCGCUUUGACAAUUGACACAUCAAAAGAUUUAUAUCCUUGUGUACAUCUGAGUGGUCAAUCUAAAGUUGAAAUAUUAAAUUAAUUGCCACAAUGAUAGCAAAUGGAUAAUCAAUUUAUAAUAAUUAUUAGCAAAA